UUCCAGAGCAACAACCGCUGACAGCUGUGCCAUUAUAAAUACAGAGACUGUCUCCAGAGCGACAGUCUUAAGAAGACAAACGUCUGACCCUGCAGAAGCUCACCAGACAUCUCACCAGCAGGCAUCAUGAGCAGAUCUACAGACUGGGUUCCUUCCCUGUGGGUGGACACAUUUGAAGAAUUGCUGAACGAGGACAACGAGCUGGACUAUGGAGACCAGUGGACUCUGAACUUUAACUACAACCAGACAGCUAAAGUCACUAAGGAGGAGAGGAAGAGGGGCUGGAAGGUCUACAGCCACUGUGCAUAUGCAAACUUCCAGUGUGGAUCAUGCAGUAAGACCUGGCCUUCAGCACGGGUGGUGGUGUUGUUCCGCUACCGGCUGCGAGGCGAGAGGGGGACAGUGAUCAUGCGACCCUUUGGACAGGCCUGUCGCAGCUGCCAAGACGAUGAGUUUUACCUCCCUGGUUUUGCCCAGAAAGAGGUGGAGCACGCCCUCCUCAGGCUGUUCAGCAAAGUCAGGAAGAAUUGCUACAACGAUGAGGAUGACCACGACGAUAAAGGCUCGUCAACAUGCUCCACCAAGAAGUACACCAAACCGCACGAGGCUUCCCUGUGUCAGGCCUGCAUCAUGGGCAUUUGCUGUCAGGAUGAGGACUAAAAGUGUUUGUGUGUGUGUGUGAAUGUAUGUGUUUGCAGGAGGGACUGACAGUGAAAGGUUGUGUGCUGGUUGGCAGCCUGCACAUGUUCUUUGUUGCCAAUACUUUGUAGUUCAUUCAUAGUGCCAUUAAGGUGUGUACGUAAAUUGUUACACCAUCAGGACCAAUGAUAAGAUUGUUCAGGAAAAUCUUUUAAUUUUGUACUGUUUUUAUAUUUUUGUUGAUAUUAAUAAAGUCUUAAGGCUCUUUACUUGA